UCACAAACACACACUCACCGAGUGCGCAGAGCUGAUUUGGAGGUGGUCGGGAGGAAUGACGACACAACGGAAGCGCACAUAAAACCGGGCGGCUCGCGCCUCCGGAAACUCUCAGUUCGGUGCCUUGUUUGUGCGCGUGACAGACGGACGGACGGACGGACCGAUGGCGUUCCUCCGGACCCACUUGGCUCCUGUGGUGUUCUGCGCGCAGGUCGCGAGCUCGUUUUUCGACACCGGCCUCCAGAUGGUCGUGAAGCAGCGGUACGAGAACGCCACACGCGCGCGCUCCGGAGCCGGAGGACAGCACCAUCAGAAGUCCAUCGCGGACUUUUACAUGAUUUUUAACAUCUUGGUCAAGGUGGUGCCCAUCAUCCCGGCGUUCCUGCUCGCGCGCAUCGGAGACAAGGGCUACCGGAAGGUUCCUGUCGUAGUUCCUCUGACCGGUUACUUGGUUUCACGCGGGUUGUUGUUGUUUGUCAUAGUGUUUGACUUGAGGGUUGAAGUGAUGUACGCGGCUCCCGUUGUGAACGGUCUGUGCGGCGGCUUCUCGUCCUACUGGCCGGGUGUGAUCACGUUGGUGUCGCUGAGCACGAGCGAGGAACUCCGGUCUUUGCGCAUCAUGCGCACGGAGCUCACAUACGGUCUAGCGGGCUUCCUGGGGAGUCUGGCAUCAGGGCAUCUGUACCAGCUCCACGGGCUCGGACACCGGCAAGGAGUCGUGCUCGCGAGCGUGAGCGCGCUGUUGUAUCUCCUGUGCCUCCUGUACGCAGCGUGUAUCCUGCAAAUCAACACGCGCGCGCCGGAUGAGAGACGGGACAGCGAGAACGUCGGCAUCCUGAAGCUGAACCUGAACAGUGACACUGCGAACAUCGCGUUCCUGUUCGCUGCCGGGAUCCUGUAUGAUGUGGCUGUAGGAGGUGGAGUGGAGAUCCUGAACGUGUACGUGUUGGGGCAGCCGCUGAACUGGACCGCGGCGCAAGUGGGCUACGGGAACGCCGCCGGGUCGGUUAUCUUCAUCACCAGCUUCUUCGGAGUGAAGCUGUUCACACGGUGCUCUAUGAGCGACACGAGCAUGAUCAUGAUCGGCAUCAUCUCCUUCCUCAGUGGGAUCUACUUCAUGACCUUUGUUACAAGCACCACGACGUAUUUCUUGGCUCGUACACUCACUUUGUUUGCACUCAUCCCCAUGCCCACCAUUCGCUCGCUACUGUCCAAGCAGAUCCGAGGAUCAUCGUAUGGAAAGACCUUCACAGUGCUCCAGCUCUCCUUCCAGUUGGUUGGUUUAGCUACAACACCCAUCUUCACCAAAAUCUACCAGUCCACACUGCACAUCCUUCCAGGGUUUGUUUUCACCUUAUCAAGCAUCAUCGCAUUCCUUGCUGUGAUUCCCAUCAGCAUUGUUGGGUGUCGUCUUGCAAGGCAGGAACACUAUGAGCGCUUUUAAGGGGAUGGAAACCUCAUGCAGCUCAACUCCAGGAUUCCCAGCUUGAUCUGGAGUUUGAAUUUGUCUUUGCAGAGUUUCACAGGUUCUCCCUGGGUUCUCCAGUUUCCUCCAACCUCCUAAAAAAAAAAACAUGCUAGGUGGAAUCGUGAUGGUGUGUAUACAUAUGAUUCCUUGUGAUGGACUGGUGCUACAGCCAUGGUGUGUUCCCAUUUCUGGAUCCACCACAAACUUGACUAGGAUGGAGCAGCUACUGAACAAUGAUGGAUCAAAUUUUCAUUCAUUGAUGCGUAUCCAAGUAGCAAAGUUGUUUUAAGUACCAAAAGAAGUUUACUGGCAGCUUUGUUACUUCACUUCUCUGGUACUUUUGUGGGUAGAUUGGUUUUGUACAUUUUAUUUAAGACUACUUUUGUAUCAUGUACAAAAAGGCACAAUUAAAAUAAUGGCUUUAUGUACUGUGGGGUACUCUGUAUUUUAUUGGCCAU